GCUUCCACCUUGGUGCUCGCGUCGUUGGUGCGGUUCAGUCACUUGCUCGAGGAUGUUGAUACCACGAGCCUCCGUCCCCGACAUUGAAGUGGAAGACCUGUCGGCCUAUACGGAGGAGGUCGAGCAGAAUGCUGACGGAAAGUCAGUCCUGACUCGGCGCGCGCUCAUAGCCCAGCAACAGGAAUUUAGAGAAUGGAUCAAACAAUAUCCUCCUAUGCAACAACUUCCUGCCAAACUCGAUGCAGAAAUCACGCACACGGGCGCUCUCCUUUCCUUCGGCCUCGGUAUCACUUACGAGCAUCUCCUUGCUUACGCGGCAAAGCGCAACAUCCGGGCUUCGUGGGCGCCCGAUGAAGCCAUCACCAGCCCCGUAGUCGCGUGGGGCCGAAUUGCCAGGCUGUUCAGGGAGAGGAUGCCUGGUUUCCUGGUGUACUACCGUCGGCCGUUCUCGGUACACUACGAGGGGCUCCUCGCGCUCUACUCGAACCACUCGAUGCGGGAACUGCAGCGCCGCGGGGAGGCACACGAGAAGAGGAUUGUCGAGUUCCUGCAGAAAGAGAUGGAGCUCGACUCGACGCCGAUGUGGUACUGGGACAUGGAUUAUACUUCGUACUACUGAGCUGCGUUGACGAGACAGAGGACAGACGUUUUGUGUAUACUCAGCUCACUGCUGUCGUUUACUGUUGCUCUCGCUCCAGCUGCCAACCAAACUGCGAAUGUUCACUGAACCCGCAAGGAAGCACACUGAUCGUGGUGUCUCUUGGUCGCUAUGCAAUCUAUACGUUCCAUAUACAUUCC